CCUGGGCUGCGCCCGUCAAGUACUGCGCUAUCUUCUGGGCUCCUCCGUUGGCCGGCGGCCCGAGGCGGUCGUGACCUCGCUCAACCACAGCAUGGGCUUCCGGGGGUUGCACAGCACGGCGUGGCUAUGGGUUGAUCCUAUUAAAAUCUUAAUGCCUUCCUUGUCUCCUACAAUGGAAGAAGGAAACAUUGUGAAAUGGUUGAAAAAGGAAGGUGAAACAGUGAGUGCUGGAGAUGCAUUAUGUGAAAUCGAAACAGACAAGGCUGUGGUCACGUUGGAUUCAGGAGAAGAUGGCAUUUUGGCUAAAAUAGUGGUCGAAGAAGGAAGCAAAGGCAUUCGGUUAGGAUCGCUCAUUGGCUUGAUGGUGGAGGAAGGAGCGGAUUGGAAACAGGUUGAGAUUCCCAAAGAUGUGGGUCCUCCGCCACGCCCCGCUCCCCCUGUGUCUGCUCCUCCUGUAGUUGAAGCCGCUGGUGCUGCUUCUGCCAGACAGGCCUGCCCAGCUGGGAAACCGCAGAUCCGCCUGAGUCCUGCUGCUCGAAACAUUUUGGAGACAUAUCAAGUUGAUGCCAGCCAGGGUACUCCUACAGGACCUCGGGGCAUAUUUACUAAAGAAGAUGCCCUCAAACUUGUAGAGCUAAAAAAGUCAGGCAAACUUGGUGAACCAAGACCUUCUCUAACACCUCCUACUACAGCUGCAGUGCCUUUGACUCCUCCAACAGCUACUGGGCCAUCAUCUUAUCCAAGGCCAAUGAUUCCACCAGUGUCUACUCCAGGGCAGCCUAAUGCAGUGGGCACAUUCACUGAAAUCCCUGCCAGCACUGUUAGAAGAGUAAUCGCCAAGAGACUAACUGAAUCUAAAAGUACUGUACCUCAUGCAUAUGCUACUGCUGACUGUGACCUUGGAGCUGUCUUAAAAAUAAGAAAAAAACUCAUCAAAGAUGAUAUUAAAGUGUCAGUAAAUGAUUUUAUUAUCAAGGCGAUAGCUGUAACUCUUAAACAAAUGCCCAACGUGAAUGUGAGCUGGGAUGGGCAGGGCCCGAAGCAGCUGCCCUCCAUUGACAUCUCCGUGGCAGUGGCCACAGACAGAGGGCUCAUUACCCCCAUCAUCAAAGACGCUGCCGCCAAAGGGAUACAGGAAAUCGCCGUCUCCAUCAAGGCUCUGGCAAAGAAAGCAAGAGAUGGAAAAUUGUUACCAGAAGAAUAUCAAGGAGGAUCUUUUAGUGUUUCAAACUUGGGGAUGUUUGGUAUCGAUGAGUUUAGAGCUGUGAUCAACCCUCCUCAGGCCUGCAUUUUGGCUGUGGGCCGAUCCCGAUCUCAGCUCAAACUUUCUGAAGAUGAAGAUGGGAACACCAGACUGCAGGAGCACCAGCUCAUGACCGUCUCAAUGUCCAGUGACAGCCGAGUGGUGGACGAUGAACUGGCUACAAAGUUUCUAGAAUGUUUUAAAGCAAACCUGGAGAAUCCUGUCCGACUCUACUAGUUUCAGAAUAAUCACCUGUUACUAAAAAGAAAAAUUACACUCUAUAGGAAAACAAUUAGAAUGUUUAGUAUAAAAUGGACAAAAUAUUAAUUUAUUUGAGGUGAAAGAACUUGAACUUUGUUGUUUUCAUUUCCAUAUUUUAAAGAUAACCUAUUUUAAAGACUAAUCAAAGGAAGAACACAUCUAGUUAUUUGGCUUCUUUUAAAACUACUUUGGUGCUGCACAAGAGAGUUCUAUUAACUAGAUGUAACUUAAAUUUUUAGAAGAGCCUGAAUAUUUAAAAAAGAAAACAUUAAAAACACAGGACUAACUUUGCCAUGGUGAAAGGAGGGCCAGUCUUGGUUGAGAUGGCCAACCUUUUGACAGCUGGGUUACAGUUUGACAAGGGCUGCUCUGACAAUAUUCCUAAAUGAUUUAACACAGAGAGAAGCAUUCCUGCUCAGGAUGAAUCACUAGGCAAUUAGGAUUAUAUCUCUUGAUGGAUUGUGACAGUAGUUGAAUUGUUUCUGUAUAUAAAGCCAUAUCUUUCCCCGGGGGUCUUAUGUUCUGUUGUUGACAUUGAUACACUGUGAGCUUCUCCAGAAGGAAGGAAAAAAAGAUACAUUUCUACUCAAAGAAGACCAAAAAAGCGAGAUAUGUUUGAAUGGAAAACCACAGCCAGAACACCUUUGCCUUCUGGUAGAGACUUAGAAACAGUGAAUAAGUUUUAAAAUGUGCUAACUAAGUCACCCUGUAGUAAAAUAAACUGUAAUCUCCCUAUAAAAA